GGAGCAGAGGGUACUUAUGGAGAAGAAGAACGCCACGGUGACGCCGACCCGUGUGGAGGAAGACUUUCCGUUCCAGUGUGUGACCUGCAGAACCCAGCGCCAUGCCCACCGACGCCCAAACCGAUGCCCGCUCCUUCCUGACUGAGGAAAUGAUAACAGAGUUCAAAGCUGCCUUCGACAUGUUCGACACAGACGGAGGCGGUGACAUCAGCACCAAGGAGCUGGGCACCGUGAUGCGGAUGCUGGGCCAGAACCCGUCUAGAGAGGAGCUGGAUGCCAUCAUUGAGGAGGUUGAUGAGGAUGGCAGCGGUACUAUCGACUUUGAAGAGUUCCUGGUCAUGAUGGUGCAGCAGCUGAAGGAGGACCAGGCCGGCAAGAGCGAAGAGGAACUUUCAGAGUGUUUCCGCAUCUUUGACAAGAACGGAGACGGUUUUGUUGACCGGGAAGAAUUUGGAGACAUCCUUCAUAUGACUGGAGAACAAGUCACAGAAGAAGAUAUUGAUGAAAUGUUUGGUGAAUCAGACACAAACAAAGACGGAAAAAUAGAUUUUGAUGGUAAGACUGAGCUUUUAGCAGCAUUUUACAGAAACCACCUUAUAAUCAAACCCACUACCAAGGAAAAGAGUUUUUAUUUCCAGUUAUACAUUUAUUAUAACUAUCAACACACUGAUCAGAGUGAAAACAGUCAGUCCACCUGAUUCAUGGGAGCACUG